AUAAUAUGCAGAUAUGUGCAGUGUUAAUAUAUACUAUUUAUGUACAUGCAUACUUGAAUCAGUGCCUUGCGUCCUAUCUUUGGAGCCUUUAGAUAAGUAAAUUAUUUCAUGAUGUGUUUGAGACUUGUGGCCUUGUGAACAUUAUGGACUAAAUAGCAUAACACAAAUUAAUGUUUUGCUCCUAGAUUUGAAGCCUUUGAGCAAAUGAAACAUUUUUAAAAAUAGUUAUGGCUGUGGUGGUGUGAUUCACAUUACUCCUCCUGUUUGCAGCUGGGGACUUCACUUAGUGACAUGAGUAAGUAAUGAUCCAAGACUGCUGUAUGCCAAUAUCUUGCACGUUUUAGAAACGUUUGCACACUAUGAACCUUUGCAGUCUGGCUGUAGUGGUCCUUUAUUGACAUAACAGUACUGGUUUUGAUGGGUUUGGAAGUUGUAUUAAAUUUCAUCAUUUUGUAGGAGAAACCUAGUAAAUCAAAGAUACUGUAAAAAAAAAAAAAAAAAAAAAAAAAAAAAAAAGAGAGAGAGAGAGAAAUGUCUAUUGUAAUGUAGUUGACAAAUGGGUACUAUAUAUAGGAAGCUGUAUCUUGUACUGGCAAGAUGUAUUGGAAUGACAAAUCUUUUGAAGGUAUUAAUUUAUCUGUCAAAAGAAUCGGAAGGGUGCAUAUGAUGUAGUUACACAUUUGUUUAAUUUUAUCAUAUUUUUAUUAUUGGGUUUUAAUGAAGUCGUAUAUAUUUACAGGUUGUUGACUGCAAGUUACCAGGAAAUGAAAUUGACAUUCAUGGGUACAUGGCUAUUUUAUUGAUUCCUCUACUAGCCAUAUCAAUGAUUAGAUCAUUAAAGGUGCUUGCCCCAUUCUCCCUCAUAAGCAAUGUGUUCUUGGGACUUGGCAUUGCCAUUACGUUCCACUACCUCCUCCAAGACAUUCCUUCUUCUUAUGAUAGACCUGAGUUCAAGAGCUGGAAGCAGUUGCCACUCUUUGUGGGUACUUCAAUAUACGCUUUUGAAGGAAUUGGAGUGGUUUUGCCAUUGGAGCGAAAAAUGACAACACCAGAAGAUUUUCGUGGAUGCAAUGGAGUGUUAAAUACAGCCAUGAUUCUAGUAACCUGUGGUUACAUUGCUGUUGGAUUCUUUGGCUACCUAAAAUAUGGUGAUGCUGUACACGGCUCAGUUACACUUAAUCUUCCACCAAGUGAUAACCUUGCACAGUUAGUGAAAAUCCUGAUGGCAGUAGCAAUCUACUUGACUUAUUCACUGAUGUUGUAUGUUCCCUCGGAGAUCAUGUGGCCACACCUCCGCACUAGGUUCCAUUCAAACAGGGCAAAGCGUGUUGGAGAAUAUGCAUUCAGGGCUUUCCUUGUUCUUAUUACUUUUAUCCUUGCAGCAGCGAUACCCAACAUAGGCCUUUUUAUUUCACUAGUUGGUGCUAUGUCCUCAUCCACUCUGGCUAUUAUUUUCCCUCCUAUCAUCGAGCUUGUUACAUUUUGGCCAAGGGUAUCUAAGCUGACAAUUAUAAAGUGCUUUGUCAUUAUGAGCUUCGGCAUCUUGUGCUUUGUUAUUGGAUCCUAUGCCAGCAUAAUGGCUAUUGUUGAGUACUUCCAGAGUGCAGAUGAACCAAAGCCAGAGUUUAUAUGUUAGAGGCAUAAGUUUCUACUGUAUAUUUUCAGUAAGAUGGAACUUCCAUGUUUUUUAUUAUUUUAGAGAAUUUGCUUUUAAACAGUAUGUAUAUUUGUGUGAAUAUGCAAUAUAUUACAGAAAAAUAAAUAGUAUUAUAGAGAUUCUGUAACAAUACAAAUGAAAAGUACAAUUUGUCUUUUCCCGAUAUAAUGAGAAAAAAAUCUCUCUCAGUAACAUUGAUGAAGUCUCUUUCUUGUGAAUAGUGCAAAGAGUAGUUUUCAGAGUUCAUUUCCUUCACUUUCUCAGGAUAUUGUAUUACAGUAAAAGGAAAAAUGAUAGAAUAAGUGUUCAGUUAGUUUAGAUUGUUUUUUAUAUAUCAUGGAUUUACUCAUCAUAUGAGAAUGUAUGCAGCAUUUUUCACAGAAUAUUGGGAACUGUGAAUUUAUGAGUGCAGAUUUUAUGUUUUUGAAAUAAUUUUGCUUAAAGGCAGAUUUAGAGAAAUUUGAAAAGGUACUGGUAGUUAGUCUGCUAUAUUUUGAAAUCCUCUUUUGGGGGGAUAUCAGCUUUUCAAUUUUAAGAAUAUAGAUAAUAUAAUAUGUAUAUAUAUUUUUUUUUUCAAAUUUCUCUCAUUUUGAUGUAGCAUACUUUUAAUCCAUUUUAAAUCUGUCAUGAAUAGGGUUUUGCAGUGUAUAGCAUACACUGAAGUUGCCUUAUAAUUUUAGUUGAUAACUGCACUGGCUUUUUCUUAUAUGCUCUUUCUUAUAAGUCUUUCCGGUGAUCAACAUUUUCUAACCAGUAAUGAAUUGUAAAGUAAUUAUAGAUCUUUUAGAAGACUAUGUAAAAGAUUCCUUGUCUAUCCAUAUUAUUUUUUAUAUGAGCAGAUUCUCAUAAACAUCCAAAGAAAAAUAUAAGUGUAGGCACACACAAAAAUGCAUGUGAAACAAAUACAGACAUUCAUUCUUUCACAUGUAAUUGUUCAUUCACACAUAAACAUCAGGAAAGCUCAUUACUGAUUCUAACCAACAUUGUUCAUACUUUCAUUGCCAUAUAAUGGAUUGUAUAAUCUAGCUAUGUAAGAAGUAUAUUUUGUGCAUAUAUUUAGUUCAUGUUUCAUCUGUAGUAUUUAUUUGUAGAUGAACAAAUGCAUUAGGGAUGUAGAAAUGUUUUUGAAAUUGUUAUUGAAUCAUUCACUAUACAUCCCCCAUCUUUGUUAAUUCUUUUCUAUCUCUCCCACAUGUCACACAAAGAAUCUCAUUGUUUUUUGUAAGUUUCUUUAUAUCAUUUUACUUGGCAUUUGUUAUUUAUUUUUAUUUUUUCAACCUAAUGAGUAUUAUUGUCAUGUUCGUUGUCAGUCAUUUCAUUCUUUGCAUGUGGUUUUGGUUGAGUAUAUUUCACUCAUACCUUCAGAGCUUUUUUUUUGUACUUCAGGUAAUACAUGAUUUUGGUUUCUUUAUACAAGUGCAAUAAGCAUUCUUUUAGAAUAAUCACAGCAGAAGAAGUUUAAUUUACAGUUAUAAUACUUUAGCCACUUAAAAACUUUCAUAUGUAAAUUUUUAUUUUAGUGUGUCUUUGAUUUUUACUCUUAAAUGGGGUGAGGUGAUGGGUUGGUUGCAUCUGAGGGGGACUUUUUUCAUUAAACUUGGACAUCAUCAAGUUUUUUUAUAUCAGACUCUAUUACUUAACUGUCUCAAUGUAUGUAUAUAUGUCUGUGAGGCAUAGUGGUUGUGAUGAAUAGAUUGAGUUUGAGUGUUUGUAAAAGGCAAUAAAAUGUUAUUUUUUCCUCUUUUUGUUAUCAUAAUGAUUAUAAGUGAUACUACUUUUUUGUUCAGUUAUUAUUUUUUUCUUAUGAUAAUAGGUAAUCAUGUUGAUUAACAUCUCAAGGAAGGUUUUAAUUAUAUGUGGCCAAUUCUUC